AUGGAGGCUUCAGGGCACGAGCGGCGCUAUAUCAGCAAUAGUCAAUUUGGCGACAACACCAUCAUCUACCAAGGCGAUUUCCACCUCCACGCGCCCCACAAACAGGCCCGUGCGGAAGUCAAAGCUGUCCGUGCCAUUCCAUAUCCGCGCAACGAAGAUUUAGUCUCUCGUCCGGACCUUAUCAACAAGCUAGAUGAGCUUUUGCCACAAACGCCGGGCUUCUAUAGCGCCGCGCUUUGGGGCCUAGGAGGCUCAGGCAAAACGCAGCUUGCACUUCAUUACGUGUAUCAACGGUGCAACGAUAGUGAAGUUUGCGUCUUCUGGGUGCAUGCCGACAGCGAAGCGACUUUUACAACUGAUUAUAAGAUAAUUGGCAAGAAGCUCGGAGUCAGUGAGACGCUUGAUGGAUCAGACCUACUCGAUGCAGUGCGCAGCAGCAUUGAAGCACAGCCACGAUGGGUUAUUGUCUUUGACAAUGCUGAUGAUCUAAAGUUGUUUGGAGUGGCUGAUAAAAAUCGGACGAAUGAAAGUCUUUACAAGUACAUCCCUCAAGGGUCACACGGGACGGUACUAUGGACAAGCCGUGAUAAGAAAAUCGAAGGCACACUUGUCGGCGCGACUCGAGGCAUUAUGGUUCCGCCCAUGACAAGAGAUGAGGCGACAAGUCUUCUUGUAGCAGCUAGCGGUGAUACGUUAGCUGUGGACGACGAAGGAAUUAAUCGGCUUCUAGAAGAGCUACAGCGACUUCCAUUAGCGGUCUCACAGGCCGGAGCAUACAUACGGCGAACAUCGAUGACGGUUAAAGAAUACCUUGAACUCCUGAUACACGGCUCAAGCCGACGGGAUCUUCUUAAUAUGAAUGGUUUUGAUCGGCAUAGGCGACCGGAGGUAUCAAAUAGUGUGCUUGAGACGUGGAAGAUCUCGACAAUGCGAAUUCGAGAGGAAAGCGAGCUAUCAUAUCGCAUUCUCCACGUAAUUGCAUACCUGGACAACCAAGAUAUACCCUUCGAGCUGGUCAUGGCAGCUAGCCAGUACGAUGUUGGCGACAAGGGUAAAGCUCAGCAGAUCCCCGAGACUGAAGUUCAGCAGGCCGUUACGCGACUAGUGGAGUUUUCAUUUCUUGAUAUGCGUCGAGAGGAGGGAGGCUUACAGAGCUACGAGAUGCAUAAACUUGUACAAGAAGCAGUUCGAUACGGGCUGUGGGUUCAAGGGCAGAUGGAGAUGGCCCCAGGCGGGGUUACAACAACUGGGCAAAACAGUGCAGAGAGUGGAGAGUCAUAUUACUCCAGUGUCGCUCUGCAGAUAGUGGAUGAUACGUUUCCAGUGGGAAUGGGCAGAGGUGAGCGGGAAGAAGAUUGA